AUGCCCCCCGAACGCAUUCCGUCGUCAAAUCGCAAAAUACGAGAACUUACUCGCGAACAUAAAGAUAACAGCAAUGACGAUGGACAGGAUUCUUCCUAUGCGUACGAAGAUGAAUUUCCGAGGAGCUCGCUCUUGCUUACUGACGAAAUGGAUAGCACACUCGAAGCUGGCGGAAAAAGUGAAGAAUAUGAAAAAAUGUAUAAAAGAAUGAAGCUGUUGAUCAGAAUAGAGGAACAGGAGAUGGCCAACAUAGCAAAGGAGAUCAGCAAAUGGAGGAAAUUUGAGAUUGCGAUGCUAAAGGAGCGCCGACUACUGAAAAAGCAUCUUAGGGAAUUUAAUUGA